AUGGCCGACGAGAGGAAAUUCAGUGAGUUGGAGCUGACGAAGCAGAAUAUUGUCGAUUCAAUGGCUUUGUUGGAAUAUUAUGCGAAGGAGUUCGACAAGGACAGUAAGUUUGCGGGCCAAGUAGAAGCGUGGGCGGAAAAGUUGGAGAAAUUUUACGACGAGUUUCACCGGACGGUGGUGAAAUUGGAGAUGUUUUCCACCGAUAAGGAGCCAAUCGACCUGAAAAAGGAACGGCAGUUGUUCGACGGUCGCUAUUAUGCUCUUCGGUCCUUCUACUUGGCCAAACUGGCGAAGAAAAUACGUUCUCCCCCUUCUGCCAACCCCGCACCAUCGAGACCAAUGAACAUCAGGCUUCCGGAGCUUAACCUACCCAAGUUUAGCGGUAAGUUGGAAGACUGGUGUGUUUUUCGCGAUUCAUUUGAAUCCGCAGUAGGUUCCCGGAGCGACAUCAGUGCGGUCGAGAAGAUGCACUAUCUGAAGGGCCUCGUUCAAGGAGAGGCAGCGCGCAUUCUCGACCCUAUCAAAAUAAGCGAGCAGGGCUACAAGGACGCUUGGCGAACGUUGCGGCUGCGUUUUGAGAACAACCGGCAGUUAAUCAAGUGUCACAUUCGGACGCUUUUCGACACUCCAGCGAUGCGCAAGGAAUCAGCUGAAGAUCUGCUUGCGCUGAUCGAUCGCUUCGAGCAGCAGAUCUCCGUUCUGAAGAGCUUGGGUGAACCAGCAGACCGAUGGAGCUCUAUCCUGGUUUACCAGCUAUCUAUACGCCUCGAUCCUUGUACGCUCCGGGAAUGGGAGAACCACUGUAGCAAACUCGAUGCUGACAACAUCGCUUCGGUUCUGGGAGGAACCGCCGGCACAUCAGAGGACACCAGCACUGGUGCGUCAACUUCAAUGCCAUCAUACGUGACGAUGGUAAACUUCCUCCAGAACUACGCUCGAGUUUUGCAAGCAGUUUCUUCAGCCACUUCGAACACCGCUCCUCCUCGCAGCAAGCCAAAUCCGACAUCCAAGCUAGCAGCUUUUCCAGUCGCAGCUACACAGCAAACUGCAGUAUCCAGUGCACCCUCUUCCAGCGCCAGCAAGCCGAAGCCGUGCGACAAGUGCGGUGAGAGUCAUUACCUGUACAGCUGUCCGGAAUUUCGGAAACUCAACCUUCGCCAACGGAUCGACCUGGUAAGACAGAAAAACCUUUGCAUUAACUGUUUGAGAUCGAGUUCCCAUUAUGCCCGGAACUGUUCUGGGUCAAGAUGCCGUACAUGUACCAAGAAGCACCACACGCUUCUUCAUACUGAGCCCUCUGACGACAAUCCCGCUUCUGGUCAAGCCACCGGAUCAACUUGCUGUGUUGCCCUCCAGCCGACUCUCACCGCAGCAUCUGCGCUGCAUGCUCCAAACUCACUGUCACCCCAGUCUGUUUCGCAAGCUCCCAUCCAGCAACCGUCUACCUCUACCUCAAUCGCAAACUUAUCCCACAUUCAUGCGCCUUCCAUGAGCUCUCAGACAGCCCUCGUAUCACAUACUGGUGAAGUGAUUCCUGGAACCGUUUUCCUUCCGACUGCGCUAGUGAAUAUCCGUAACGGUAGAGGUCGCAUCGUCACUGCUCGUUGCUUGCUGGACUGUGCUUCCCAACGCAACUUUGUUUCUGGGGCUCUUUGCGAACGACUGCAGCUUCCUCGCAUCCGAUUGCCGCAUGCUAUCCCGAUAAGCGGAAUCGAAAACACUACAACGCUGGUUGAAUACCAGGCCACGAUAACCAUCUUCUCUCGAGUCACUCCCUUCUCCGUACAAUGCUCCAUGCUCGUUCUGCCUUCCAUUACCGUCAAGCUGCCCCAGUCGACGGUAGAAGCCCGCCACUGGCCGAUUCCAAAGCACGUGGAGCUUGCAGAUCCAACAUUCGCUGUUACUGGCGACAUCGACAUGAUUCUGGGUGCCGCCCAUUUCUUCCAAAUUCUUCGAUACGGCAGGAUAUCGCUCGGGGAAGAGUUACCGCUUCUGCAGAAUACAGAGUUCGGAGAGUGUUUAUUGGAAAACCACGAUCACAGCGAUCCACGCAAGUGCCAGUUCAGUAAUCCCUGCACAAUCGAUGAAUUGGUCAACCGAUUCUGGCAGCUCGAAGAAGUCCACGAUGCAAAGGGAUGGUCUCCGUCGGAACGAUACUGUGAGGAACAUUUCUUGAAGAACACCACCCGCAACUCCGAAGGCCGCUACGUCGUCAAGCUGCCCAAGCGUGACGAGCUGCUUUGGCAGUUAAAGGACAACAAAUACAACGCCACCCGCCGCUUCUUCUCUCUAGAACGCUCACUCGGUGCGAGUCCCGAUAAGAAGGCGAUGUAUCAGCAGUUCAUCCACGAGUACGUGAGAUUGGGACAUAUGCGGGAGAUUGGCCCCGAUGAAAUCGACGCGCAACCGCAAUACUACCUUCCACACCACGCUGUGAUGAAACUCGACAGCACCACUACAAAGCUUCGUACCGUAUUCGACGCAUCAUGCCGCUCGAAGUCCGGUAUCUCGCUGAACGAUGUCCUGCUUCCUGGUCCCACAAUCCAGGACACUCUCGUGACGAUUGUCCUCCGUUUUCGAAUCCACCAGUUCGUGAUAUCUGCGGACAUUGAAAAAAUGUACCGGCAGAUUUUGGUCCAUCCCACCGACCAACCGCUGCAGCGAAUUCUCUGGCGCGACGAUCCCGAGGCUCCACUGAAGAGCUACCAGCUCCGCACCGUCACAUACGGCACAAGCAGUGCUCCAUUUUUGGCAACUAGGGUGCUGCAGAAGCUCGCCGAUGAUGAAGGGCAACAUUUUCCGCUGGCGGAACCAGCUGUCCGCCACGACUUCUACGUCGACAAUUUGCUGUCCGGUUCUGACGAUGCUGAAUCUCUCGCCGUUACCUGCAACCAGCUCAUUGCAAUGCUCGCAUGCGCAGGACUUCCUCUCCGACAAUGGUCUUCGAAUUGUCAAGCUAUUCUUGAUACCAUUCCGUUGGAGCUCCGAGAGACGAAAACACUACUCGAUUUGGACCACGAGUCCUCCGUGACUGCACUUGGCCUCCGCUGGGAACCGUCGACCGAUUUUCUUUCGUUCAAGACGCCGAAUUGGAAGGAAUGUACGGUUCUGAACAAACGAGCGAUCCUCUCUCAGAUCAGCAGUCUUUUCGACCCCUUAGGUUUGAUUGGACCGACCAUUGCAAAGGCGAAAAUCAUGCUGCAGAGUCUUUGGAAACUCCAUCUCGACUGGGACACACCCGUGGCUAACAGAUUCGCUCACGAAUGGCAGGAAUUUCACCAGAAGCUUUCAGCACUUGCCCACCUUCGAGUUUUUCGCCAUGUGUUACGUCCGGGUUACGACCGCUUGGAGAUUCACGGGUUCAGCGACGCUUCAGAGUCUGCAUAUGGCGCAUGCAUCUAUCUCCGGUCAAUACCUGCCGAGGGCCCUUGUACAGUUCGCCUGGUGAUUUCUAAGUCCAAGGUCGCUCCGAUGGGGACUCAAACCAUUCCACGCCUCGAGCUAUGCGCAGCUCAACUCCUGUCCAGACUUCUUAAACAAGUUCAGGACAGCAUCGACAUAACCGCCACCACAUAUCUAUGGACCGAUUCUUCCAUUGUCUUGAACUGGAUAUCCGCAACUCCAUCGACAUGGAAGACGUUCGUAGCCAACCGAGUGGCUGAAAUCCAAGAGCUGACAUCUCACGCCGUUUGGAAUCACGUCCCAUCCGAAGACAAUCCCGCCGAUCUCGUUUCUCGAGGAAUGGACCUCGAUGAACUCCUCGCUAGUGCACUGUGGUGGAACGGACCGCAGUGGCUAAAACCAAUAUUCGCUCCUUGGCCAGCGAAGUACGUCGUCGUAGCGACCUCAAACUUAGACCAACCGGAGGUCCGACAGACUAUUGCCCUUCCGGUCGUGAGCGUAGAACCGUCAGAUAUCGUCGAUCGCUAUUCCAAUCUUCGUCAGCUACUUCGGAUCGGCACACUUCUUCGGCGUUUCGCCGCUAACUGCCUUCACCGGAAGAAUCACCAACCAAUUCUUGUCGGCCCGUUGACGGCUCUUGACAUUGAUCGCACUCUGCUCAAUCUGGUCCGUCGCAUACAACAGCAGUACUUUGCCAACGAGAUACGCCAACUUGAAACCGUCGGAAAAGUAAACCGUAAAUCCAAGCUACGGUAUCUGCACCCGACACUCGUAGACGGCAUUAUUCGUGUCGGCGGCCGGCUUCACAAUGCUGCAAUACCUGUCGACGGAAGACACCCGAUCGUCCUCCCCAAACAUCGUCUCACCGACAUGAUCGCCACGAGAGAACACCAUAAGACGCUCCAUGCCGGUCCCAGCUUACUACUAUCCUCGUUGCGCUAA